CACAUUCACCACCAGAGCCAGUCUCGUGCACGCACGGCACGGCCCUAGCUACCUCGAUCGGCAGACGGCAGCCAUGCCUGCCAUGGAGGUUCAUCAGGUGGUGACGUCCGGCGGCGGCGGCACCGGCGGCUACGUCGAGUUCCUGGUGAGGUGCGCGGAGGGGCUCCUCUCGGCGCUGGGUAAGGUCUGGGGAGCCCUCGCCGGGCUCGGCAAGAAGCUGGCCAAGAUCGCGACGGACGAUCCCCGGCGGGUGGUGCACUCGUUCAAGGUCGGGCUGGCGCUCACGCUGGUGUCCGUGCUCUACUACGUCCGCCCCAUCUUCAACAACUGGGGGCUCUCCACCCUCUGGGCCGUACUCACCGUCGCCGUCGUCAUGGAGUACACCGUCGGUGGGACGCUGAUCAAAGGCCUGAACAGGGCGACGGGGACGCUGGUCGCCGGGUUCAUCGCCGUCGGGGCUCACAAGGUGGCCAACCUGGGAGGCAGCAAAGGGGAGCCCAUCAUACUCGCAACCUUCGUCUUCCUCAUAGCGACGGCGGCGACGUUCACACGGUUCAUCCCGGCGGUGAAGGCGCGGUACGACUACGGCGUGACCAUCUUCAUCCUGACCUUCAGCCUGGUGGCGGUGUCGAGCUACCGGGUGGAGGAGCUCAUCCGCCUCGCGCACCAGCGCUCCUCCACCAUCUUCGUCGGCGUCGCCACCUGCCUCUUCACCACCAUGUUCGUCUGCCCGGUCUGGGCCGGCGAGAACCUCCACAACCUCGCCGCCGACAACCUCGGCAAGCUCGCCGAGUUCCUUGAGGGACUGGAGUCCGAAUGCUUCGGGGAGAACGCUCCCGGCGAGGAUUUGGAAAGCAAACCGUUCCUCCAAGUGUACAAGAGCGUCCUCGACUGCAAGGCCACCGAGGACUCUUUGGCAAAUUUUGCCAAGUGGGAGCCAGGUCAUGGCAACUUCUACUUCCGGUACCCAUGGGGCCAAUACCAGAACAUCGGCGCCGUUGCUCGCCAGUGCGCUUCCUCAAUGCAGACUCUUGCUUCCUACAUCAUCACACUCACAAAAGCUCAGUAUCCUGAAACGAAUUUGGAGCUAUGCUCGAAGGUUCGAACAGCAUGCGGUGAGAUGAGCUUGCACUCGGCCAAGGCGCUCCGGGCGCUCUCAGCGGCGAUUCAGGCGAUGACUGUGCCAUCCCCGGCCAUGACUCACAUGACUGCAGCGAUCAGAGCGGCGAAAGGCCUCAAGGCCGAAUUGUCGCAGGACGAGGAUCUGGCCAAAGUGAUGCAUGUUGCUGUCAUUGCAUCUCUCCUCGCAGAAGUGGUUUCUCAGACAAAGAAGAUCACAGAAUCUGUUGGUAACCUAGCGCAAGUUGCCGGCUUCAAAAGCCCUGAGAACACUGACCAGAAGGAUGUGGUUAUCAUUGUAGAUAGUGGAGAGGCAGCGGGACUUGGCUAGUUGGUGCUCUGCAUUUCGUAUGUAGAUACUAUCCACAUCUCAGGAGCAUCUGAUGAUACAAUACUAUAUUGUGCAUAAAGCAAGUGAUUAAUUAUUUGAUUUAUAAAAGUAAUUAUGAUGCUGAAUUGUGAUGAUAAAUGUUGCUUCCGCACAGUUGUACAGACAAAAAUAAAUAUAAACUUCUUGUAAAUAUCAGGGAGGGAGAAUGUACUACCUCUCAAUAAUGUAAAUAUCUUGUAAAUAUAGUAG